AAUGUAACCCUCUCCAACCCUCUCUCUCUCUCUCACAACCACAAUGGAAGGCCGAGUGGCCAUGAUGGGGGCUGCUUUUGUAGCCUACCUGGCCGUCAUGACCGUGUUCGACCUAGCAGCUAACUCUGUUGCUAGUCCCCCACAGAAAGGGGAGGAGGAGGAGCUGGCUAUGAAGGCUAAGAGUUCUGUGUUUACUGCUCCGACCGUUAAAGUGCUCUACUGCAUUAGCUGGUACAAGAACACAUUCCAGUCUGUCAAGCAGAACCUACAAGCUCGACACCCUGGUCUGUCAAUAGAGGGGGAUAACUACCCCGCCACACCACUCAAACAAUUCGUCGCUAAACUUUUAUUCUACAUCCGCAUGGGGGUACUUCUCAUGAUGCUCACCGGGACUAAGCUGUUCGAUGUGUUCGGAGUCCCGGUACCCGAGUGGUAUCAUGGUCUUCAAGAGAACAAGAUGAUGGCAAUGGUCGGGAUUUUCUUCAUGGGGAAUAUGGUGGAAUCCAGUUUGUUGUCCUCGGGAGCGUUUGAAGUGAGCGUUAACGGGGAGAUGGUUUGGAGUAAAAUGGACACGGGGUAUUUACCGAGUUUGGAACAUCUUAUUUCAACGAUUGAUGAUAAGUUGGGAGCGGGCGCCCAGCCUUUUACUCCAGAUUUUGAAAGUUUAGGAGGGGAUUUGUAGCACUCUGCUUUUUUAGAUACGUCAGAUCUAGUUAAUAGAACCUACUUUUGUCCGACAAAUAUUUGAUUUUCUUUCUGAGCUGUUCAGACCGUCUAGUUGAAAUGUGGAAAAUGUUAAAAAGUUGAUAACUUCCCAGUCUAAAUGGUGAGUUAAUUAGGAAGAGUACUCUUCAUUUGAAUUACUUGGAUACUUUUAAUUUAGGUUGACAGUGCUGGUUUUUAAGUCUUCGCAUUCUAGAAAUUAAUUAAAAGUAAGGAUUAAGAAGGCUCCGACCGAGCUGGCUUGGCAUUAAAACCUUCUUAAUUUAGAAUUGGAAGUCCUAGCAUAGUCGUCAAUAGUUCCAUUGCUUAUGAUUAAAUUAUUAAUUUCUUCGGUUUUUGAGCUAAUGCAUAUUUUUGUACGUUUGUUGUUUUAUAUCAUUUCAGCUAUUGCCAAUAUAACGCUGUGAGUUAAAUAAUAAAGUUUUUUAAACUCUAUGUUGUGCAGACGUCUUAUAACGUCGAGUUGAUUAUGAUC